AUGUCUGAAAAUGGGGGAAAAGUAGCAGAAACAAGUGAUAAUGCGGACUCCGUCGGAGGGAAAGCAUUCGGAGUGACUGUGGAUCGUGUAAAACUAUGUGACCCGUGUUUUGAGGAAGGAACCGAGUUCCUAGCGGCGAAGUUCUGUGUUGAAUGUGAGGAAAAUCUUUGUGAGACUUGUGUGCAACAUCAUCGGAAAGCGAAGCCUUGUAAAAACCACGAACUGGUUGAUACUGGUGCUGAAGUGCAAGGCUCCAAGGAAAAGGAGAGAAAAGCUGAUGUAUUUAACUGCACGAUUCAUCAAGAGGAACUAACCCAUUACUGUGAGAAACAUGGUAAACUCUGUUGCUUUAAGUGUGUACGCGGGAUUCACACCAUGUGCGGAGACAGUGUUUGUAAAGUUGACGAAGCAGCUGAGAAAAUAGAAGAGAAUCGGAUUUUCAAAGAGUUCGUUGACAAGCUGCAUCAUUUGGUAGUUGAGGCUCAGGACAAUGAAAAUAGAGCUACGACAAACAUUAAAACGGGAAUGGAACAGUUUCAGAAACAAAUGGAGUCUGCAAGAAAGAUGGCCGAUAAAGAAGUUGGACGGAUAAAAACAAUAGCGUCGUCCAUGGAUUCCAUUACGGGAGAACUCAGUAAGUGGAAAAAUCUCGUUGAAAAUGCUAAAAAGGCGAAAGAUUAUGGAAAACUAUUCAUUGCCAUGAAAAUUGCAACAGAGCAACUCGAAUUCCAUGACGAGUCUAUUCGUGCUCUGGAAAGAAAUAUCAAAUGGACCCUUAAAUCAAUGCAUUUCAUUUCAAUGGAAAUACCCAGUCCAAAUCUUUUAAAAAAGAUAAUGCUGAAUGGAACUUCUAACGUAAGGGACAUAUGUGUAAUAGGAGAACAUAUAGCGGUCGCAAAUUCCAGUAUUUCCAGCAUUAUUUUGGUAAACGUUAGUCAGUCUGCAACUAAUUUGGAGAUAAAAGGGAGAGGAUAUCCAUGGGAAGUGACUGCUAAUUCCUCCGGGGAAAUGUAUGUUUGCUUCUUUAACAAAUCCUUUAUAAGAAAAUACCUACACCCUCUAACUGACAUUAAUGAUUUCAUUGAGAUUAACACCGAUCCAAAACGGUGUUGCAUUCGCUGCUAUCGUGAUGUUGUCAGAAUUCAAGGUCGCAAUCCGUACGCUUUACAAGAAAUGGACGCUUCUGGAAUAACAAGAAUAAGACAUAAAGAAAGUGUCCUGUCUAGCAUUGCUUGUGUAGAUAUACAUUCAGCAAUUGACGAAAAAACGGGGUCUAUGUUCCUCAUUGGCAAAGAACCAUUUGGAUUGAGAGAAAUCACCGAAGAUGGCGAGGUAAACACAAUCGUUUUGACAAAACCAAUACAAGAUCCUGGGGGAAUCGUGGUGGAGUCUGAUGGAACAUUUCUGGUCAGCAGCGAGAGCGGAAAGAGCAUCAAACGUGUGACGGUGGAGGGAAGUGUGGAGGAUUUCAUCACUGGUUUGGAGUUUAAACCACAUGGACUUGGCUUUGAUAAGCAGAGGCGGUUAUUGUACGUGGGUGGCAUUGGUAGCAAUGUUAUUUUCAUGUAUUCUAUAUAG